CAGCUGAUCGAGCUCUACCUAGAGCGAAACAGAAACAAAAAAGUCCGGGCCCAGUCGGGACGGAGUGCGUUUUGGCUCGAUUUUCCGACCACCCCACCAGCCUCUUCCAGACUUUUCCUCUUGGUCCCUGUCCGCACCUGCCUUCCACACCCUCAGGUGCAGAGUAGCGAUUGGCUUGAAAGCUCGGCUGUGAUCGAUCUUUUUUAAUUAGCAAGACCCUGACCGAGUAUUGUUGGACCCUCCUGACCAGACCACCAGUGCUACUGGCCACUCAACCACACUGAACCAACCGCUGCCCUCGACUACUUUGCUAAAAAAAAAACUUUAAACAAAACACGCAAACCACUCUCACCAAGUAUCAGAACUCUCUGCUCGGAACAAUUGGCGCUGAGGAGAGCAAAUCCCCCCGUAAACGACCUGCCGCGUCUCUAAACCACCCCUGACACCAAACUCACCCACUUGCAUCAUGGCAUCCAUAGAUAUUAAGACUUUGCCCAAUGACGACCCUAAUGUCACGCUCACCAUCCGGCUCAUCAUGCAGGGAAAGGAAGUUGGAAGCAUCAUCGGCAAGAAGGGCGAAAUAGUCAAACGCUUUAGAGAAGAGUCCGGAGCCAAAAUCAACAUUUCCGAUGGCUCGUGCCCGGAGCGAAUUGUCACCGUCAGCGGCCCCACCUCCACAAUCCUCAAGGCCUUCAGCCUCAUCUGCCGCAAAUUUGAAGAGUCGUCAGCAGCAUUCCAGGACGGGUCUUCCGCUGGAGGAAUCCCCCGGCCACCAAUCACGCUGCGGCUCAUCGUGCCGGCCUCGCAGUGCGGCUCGCUCAUCGGCAAGGGCGGCUCCAAGAUCAAGGAGAUCCGCGAGGUGACCGGCGCCAGCAUCCAGGUGGCCAGCGAAAUGCUGCCCAACUCGACUGAACGGGCUGUGACCAUUUCGGGCACCAGUGACGCCAUCACCCAGUGCAUCUACCACAUUUGCUGUGUGAUGCUUGAGUCCCCACCCAAAGGUGCCACGAUCCCCUACCGCCCCAAGCCCCAGGUGGCAGGCCCCGUGAUCCUGGCCGGCGGGCAGGCGUACACGAUCCAGGGCAAUUACGCAGUGCCCGCGCAUCCAGACUUGGCAGGACUGGCGGCUCUUGGACUUGGUGGACUCAGCAAUAAUGCAGGAGGACUCAACCCAGCAGGUGAGCACUCCCUUGCAGCGUUGGCAGGCAGUCAGCUGCGCACCAGCAACAACCGGCCGGCGGCCGGUUCGCAGACGCAGACCCACGAGAUGACCGUGCCCAACGAGCUCAUCGGCUGCAUCAUCGGCAAGGCCGGCACCAAGAUAGCCGAGAUCAGGCAAAUCAGCGGUGCAAUGAUACGCAUUUCAAAUUGCGAAGAGCGUGGCGAGGGUGCCAACUCGGACCGCACCAUCACCAUCACAGGCAACCCGGAAGCAGUGGCCCUGGCGCAGUACCUCAUCAACAUGAGGAUAUCGAUGGAGACGGCCGGCAUGGCGUUGCCCGGCUACCACUACAUCGCGCCCAACCACAUCGUCAAGGCCCCCAUCCACUAAGCAGACCGAGAGACAGACAAACCUCCACUCAGAGCAAUAGGCCCCUUGUGAAGGGCGCCCCAACCACCACCACUAUUACAACCAACCACCACCGGCACCGUCCCCUUGGCGGUGCGUCCACAAGUCACACGGUGAAGGGAUCAAAAAGCAAAAAAGAAAUAAACCGCAGUGUUAAAAUUGUGAUUCACAUACGCAGACAAGAAACCCACAUGUUGUAUAUGAUAUCAUUGUAGUAUGUACCGCAGACACAGUCAUACUCUCACUCACUAUCUCUCACACAUAUGAUACGGUUGAUUAUAAUAAUUGAUUUAUUAUGUAUGUGUAACGUUCGUAAUAAGUCUCUUCUUUGGUUCGGCGAUAAAUCAAAACGCAAGAAACGCGAUUCGUUAGGAAAAGAAUUGAGAAAGACACGGUUGAUGGAUUGAUUGAUUAAUACGCGAUAUUGAUUAAUGAUAAGGUUAUAUAAAGUAAUUAUAUAAAUGAGACGUUCUUUUUGUACUCUCUCGUGAAACGCAAUUAAGCUAGUCGCCUUUUUUUACUUGAUUUUUUUAUUGUUGUUUUUAUACUUGUCAGAGUUAGCGAUCGUCUAAUGAGAAUUUAAGUGCGUUCGGUUGAUUAUGCGUGUCACACAUUUAUAUGACGUCAUAUCACUCUCCCGCACCCCGAAGUCCCCCCCCCCCUAUCGUGCCAAAAGCAAGUCGCCCCACUGUUAAUAGUCAGCACUAGGCAAAAUGUGUGUGUUCAGAUUUCAAAGAGACGCGAAGAAAAGACACGGUGAAAACAAAAAUAAUGAAAAAAGCAGCAACAUUUAAUCACAAAACAAACAGAAGCAGUAUUUUAAUACGGGGGGAUUUUUACGGGACGAGCUCGGUGAUAGGAACAAUAAAUUAAAAAGAAAAUUAAUGAGAUGCAUAUUAUUAUACAAGAUAAUAUGUGUAUACACGGUUAUUUAAAUCUUCUUCUUCUACUUAAAAAGAAAGUAACGCGAUUUGGCUGGCGCAGAAAAACACACAAUUUUAUCUCGACUGAGGGUUGUUGAACAAUUUAAAUUUAAAAAAAGUAAAACACGCAGGCAGGAAACAAAUAUAAAAAACAAAAACAGACACACACAUGCAUAUAAAUACACACAGUCACACAGUGUAUUGGACAAAAAAAAAUCGUAUAUAUACACACAUAUUAAUUAUACAUUACGGUAUAUCAAACAUAGCAAAGCAACAGAAAUCACUUUUAUUAAAUGCAGUAAUUAUACUCAAUGUGAAUUUAUAUCGAUAUACUAUUAAAAAUUUAAAAAAGAGAAAGAAAUCUCUUGUAGCUGUGAUCUGGGGGCGGCCGGGCGUCGUCGGCCUCCGGGCCGGGGGCGGUUCGCAGCGGGAGGAGAACUAACAUCGAGGCCCCCUUGGUUUUUGUGUAUUGUGCAGGUGGCGAAAUUUAAAUGAACUAAGUAAAAUAUAGAGAAAAAUUGCGAGCUCGCGCGACGUCGUUUUCGAGGCGGGGAGGGAAAGCUGCUUAAGCGAAAAGACAAGAAGAGUAUUUAGAGUUAAUUAUUUAUAUAGCUUAGCCAAUUCACGUGGAGGAUAAAUUAUAAAGUUUAAAGAAAAAUAGUGUUUAUGCUGUGUCGGAGGCGGACGGGUGGCGGGCGGUCGGGUUUUUUCCGCCCCCGCGCCCACCGCCGUUAAUCUCUAUAUUAACGUAAUUAUAUCGAGUACAUCUCUGUACACUUAGCGUUUGUAAUCGUCAAAAUGAGAGAACGUUGAAAGAAGAAGUAAAAAAUAUCACACACAUGCAAGAGGAAAAUUCUGUUGAAAAUGAAAACCAAUAAUAUGGGGGUAUACGGGUAACUACCACGGCGGCUGGAGCGACUGGGCGCCGCAGUUCGAGUGUAUUAUUAUAUAAAAAAAAAAAAAAAAUACCAAGUAUGUAAUAUAUUUUGACAAAGCAAGCGCCCUUUCUCCGGUCCGCAUUUGGACUAAAUAUUUUGAUAUCGUACUCCCUUUAUCGCUCGUUUGUCAGGCAGUAGAAGAAGAAAAAAUAAAAUUCGAUAAUCACAGCAGAGACAUGCACGGACCAUUGAAAAUGGCAAAUCUGCCGGCGAUGGGUGUCACUCACAUAAUAAUUUCCCUUGCUUUAGAAAGUUCAUUAGUUCUGCUUCACUCCAACCGAGCUUUAAGUUCGACCUAUUCGCUUAAAGAUGGCGUGAUAUCAUCUCGUUUUGAGAUGUCUUUUCCAUCUCACCCGCAAUAUUUAGAGAGAUUCGCUGAGAAUUGUGAGUUUUAAUUUUGAUAUUUAUAGAGAGAGAAAGAGAAUUUCCGAGUUCUUUUUGACAAACCAUUGCCGGCGUUUUUCAACCAAAGAGAAACCGGAAACAUUUUUUAAACGCAGAAAAUCGCUGAACUAAUUCGGGUGUGAUCUCAUCAAAUAUCGGAUCUUGUGGAUCGGAGACAAAAUAAUUAAUGUGCUUCAUGAAGCAAUAACAUUAUAGUGUAAUAACAAACAUGUUUGUGUAACGAGAGUUAUUUAUAAUUGAAUUUUUCUUACUGCAUCAAUUUAGAGAGAGAGAAACAAAAACACAUGUAAACAAAAGAAACCUGUAACGACGACGCAGAAGACAAUUAAUUUUUGUGCCAAAAUGAGCAAAACGCGUUUUUAGACGAGACAAAUUAAGCAAAAUCGGCGAUGCCAAAUUAUUAUAAAUGUAAUUUUGACCCCGAGGUGGACGAGCUGUUGGUUGAAAUUAUUCGUUAUCCCGUAUGUACCACACACGUAUUUAUUGUGGCAGACAAUCUCACUGUUGUAUUGAGUGUGCCAAAACAAACACAACAAAACGUGGAGUCAAGAGAUGAAGGAGACACGAGGCGCGUAUAUACAAAAAUAAUUACAUGAAUUCAAACACACCUGCAUUAUAAGAAAAAAUAUUUACUCGAAAGGGCAAGCGGAAAAAAAUGCAUAUUAUUACACAAAAGUUAAUA